GCGUCUUCGGUGUAGUAUAUAAGCUUCUGCUCUGUCCAGACGACUAGAGGUUACCUCCCGACGGCUGCAACUCACAGGAGGAUGACAUCAACAUUAACGUCCAUAAUGGCACUGGUCACAGCAUCACUGAUGGCUGCAGAAAUUGAGCCUCCUGAACCUGUCCACAAAGGACUCUACUUUGACCUAGAUGUAAUCAAACAAUCAGGUGCAGACCUGUCAUUAUGGUCACCAGAUAAUGAAGAAAAUCCCUGGGAAGCAAGUGGGCUGCUCGAAGGUGAUAUCAUGAUAGCAAAGGUAGAUGAUUUGAGAAAUGUCAUUCGGGAUGAAGACAAAUACUGGCCCAAUGGAGUUGUUCCAUACUAUAUAGACAAAGACCACUUCUCGGAAGAAGAAACAAGUCGAAUUCGCAGUGCCUUAAAAGAAAUCAGCGACAGUACCUGCGUAGUCAUUCGUGAAUUUCAAAAAGGUGACGAGGACUUCGUUAAAAUAAAAGGAAAUGCUACAGGCUGCUGGUCUUACAUAGGAAGGAAACGUGGUGGCCAGGUAGUCAACCUGCAAGCUCCUGCGUGUCUUCGCAAGGGCACUGUCAUUCACGAGUUUCUUCACGUCCUUGGAUUCCACCAUCAGCAUAGCUCCCACGACCGCGACUCCUUCAUAGACAUACACUGGGAAAAUAUUAGACCAGGUCACGAAAACAAUUUUAAGAAAUACAAUGAGACGAUCGUAACGGAUUAUGGAAUUGGUUACGACUACGAUAGCGUAAUGCAUUACAGCAAGAGAGCAUUCUCUAAAAAUCGUGAGCCUACAAUUGUGCCAAAAAUUUUUGUUGACAGGACAAAAAUGCUACCAUUGGUCAACGGAAAGGGCUUAGUGAGAAGGAUAUCAAGAAACUUAAAAAGACGUACAAGUGUAAUGAAAAUAUUCCAUAUAUUAAUACAGUUCCAUCUGGUGACUCUAAGUGCUGUAAUAAAAAUAUAGUCUCUAGUACAAAUAAAAACGAUGGAUAAACAUAUUUUGUGAUUCUGCUAGAGUCUAAGAACUACUUAAGAUAAUUUCAUUAUUUAAGUGAAGCGGAGAUCACAACUCAUUAGUACACGCUAGUUGUAGCAGCUUCUAUCAUGGCUCAUUUUAUAUAUACCAGUACUUCAAUGUGUGUGUGUGUGUGUGUGUGUGUGUGUGUGUGUUUUGUUGACACACGUGUGUACAAUAUGAUUUGUGUAAAAACUGGCGUAUGAGGUUAGAUAUAACUACUAAUGAUUUGUUAUCGAGGGGAAAAUUAAUUUAGAACCAGUGAUACAGUUAAGCUUAUAUAAUAUUUAUUUUCAUUAUUUAGUUGAAUACGUUGUUGAUGGUUGUUGUUAUAAAAUUUUGAUGCCGUGAAUCCACAGUUUAGUAUUCUUCAAAGAAAAUGAGUCAAGUGAUAGCUUUUGAAGGCUGUGGGUUAUUGCAAAUGUCUUCAGAAUUACUUAAAAUAACGCAGGCUAGGCAUACUGUCUUAAGGGAAAACACUAAAGACAAUUUACUUAAAAUGAACUUCUGCAGUUGUCAGACAUUAGAAUAAAAAAGAAACAUAUAUUUUCCUCAUACAUCAAAAUUUUAAAUUCAUUGUUUGAGGUUGUGUGAUAUUCUUUGUAUUUAAUAAUUUACUUAUUUAUUCUGGUUUUAUCAAUUGUAACCAUAUAUCGCACACUUUUCUGUAAUAUCCUAUAAUGUACUGCAUAUUAUCAAUAAAGACGUGAAAUACUU